CUCCGGGAUGAUCGUUCGCUGGAGGCAGAUAAAAUGUCAGUAAAUGUCCAAAGGCCAUCUCGUAAAUCUGUCACAAAGAUGCUUUGUAAGUAUCCAAAAAUUAACAGCUCAAGACAGAGCAACAGUUUUCCUUUUAAAGAUUCAAAGUAG